AUGAAGCAGCUUUGAAUGUGUGUAAAUGAGUCUAAGCAGCAAACAGAGAUCAGUGAGUGAAUCUGCUGACACAGAGCAUCCAGAGCAGCAGCAUCAUGGAGAGGAUCCUGCUGUGUGUCUGCUGCUUCUCAGGCUGGUUUGUCUCCACAUGCUGUCCCUGUCAGUACCACUAUGUUGAUGAUGCAAAGACUUGGACUGAAGCUCAGAGCUACUGCACACAGACUCACACAGACCUGGCCUCCAUCGAGAACACUGAAGAAAUGAAGCAGCUGAACAGCACAGUUUCGCCUGCUGCUCACAGCUCUGAGCUCUGGAUCGGUCUGUACAGUCAGAUCAGCUGGAGGUGGUCAGAUGGGCUCACAGGGAGUGGAGCUGACUACAGGAACUGGGACACUUCUGAAUAUGAACCAGAUUUUUACUCUGGGGUUCAGUUCUGUGUGUCCUCUUUAAAAGGAAAAUGGUGGGAUUAUAACUGCAGAGAAAAGCUCCCGUUUAUUUGCUACAGAGGAUCACGGAUGAACCCUGAGUUUGAUUUGGUGGAUAAAGAAAUGAGUUGGUCCGAUGCUCAGAGGUACUGCAGGGAGAACUUCUUGGACCUGGCCACUGUCAAGAACACCGGAGAGAACCAACAAGUCCAUGAAAAGGCUCAGAGUAAAAGGGUGUGGAUUGGCCUGCACAGAGAGCCACACAUUUACUGGUCUGACGGCACAAAGUACUCAUUCUCAAACUGGGCCAGUGGGAUGAACCCGUUUAGGGGUAUGAGUACGAUCUGUGCAGCUCUGACUCAUUCAGGAGAAUGGAAGACUUUGUCCUGUGAAACAAGAUUACCAUUUGUCUGCUACAGCCUCCCUACACCUGUAAAGAGGCAGGUAGUGAAGCUCACAGUACAUGUGGAGGACUCUCCUGUGGAUCUGAAUGACUCUGCUGUGAAAGCAGAACUGCUGACAAGGGCAAGUUCCCACAGUCCACCUUUACACUCGCGCCGUUUAUAUGUAUAUGAAUUUCCUGAUUUUGAAUGA